GAUAUACACAUUGGUUGCACGGGAUUUCAGAUACCGAGUCCACCCUUCUCUCACACUCACUCUCUGACUUUGGAAGCAGUGUCAACUCCAUCUAAACGCACUCCUCUCUCACAUCGCAGCUAGCCUAGUUAGUACAGGCUGCUGGUCUGGAUUCUUCAAGUCAGAUGGUUUAGACACAAGAAAUCCACAACAUCAAUUGUGUCUGUCUCCGCUGCGUAUUUAGGUUUGCGUUUACAUGAAAGCAGAAUAUUUUACAGCUUUUUGCCUUUGGAUUUGUGCUUCGGCGCAAAUCUACAAAUUAAUGUCCCAGAUGGAUAUUUACUCGUCGAAGUUAUCACCUGCAGUGGAUUUCGCAGCCGGUGCUUUCCUACUCAUUAUAGCUAUAUUGUCCAUUGUGGGGAACCUGCUGGUGCUCAUCAUGGCAUUUAAGCACUCAUCUCACAUGAAGCCCCCGGAGCUGCUGAGUGUCAACCUGGCAGUGACAGACCUGGGAGCUGCUGUCGCCAUGUACCCUCUGGCUGUGGCCUCGGCCUGGAACCACCACUGGCUGGGAGGAGACACCACAUGCAUCUACUACGGCCUGGUAGGCUUCCUCUUUGGCACGGCCAGCAUAAUGACCAUGACCGUGAUGGCUGUGGUGCGUUUCGUCGUCUCCCUCAGCCUCCAGUCUCCCAAGGAGAAGAUCAGCCGGAGGAACGUGAAGCUCCUGUGUUUGUGGACGUGGCUCUAUGCCCUGCUGUGGGCCUGCUUCCCUCUCCUGGGCUGGGGCCGGUACGGUCCAGAGCCCUUCGGCCUUUCCUGCACCCUGGCCUGGGGAGAGAUGAAGGAACAAGGCUUCUCCUUCGUCAUCUCAGUCUUCUCCUUCAACUUGCUGGGGCCCUCCUUCAUCAUCCUCUGUUGCUACUUUGGCAUUGCCUUGAAGCUGUACAUUACCUACAAGUCCCUCGACAACAGCAAAAAUAUCCCAAACAUCAUCAAGAUGCACCGCCGCCUUCUCAUAAUAGCAGUCCUGAUCAGCCUGGGCUUCAUCUUAUCAUGGGCUCCAUACGGUUUGGUGAGCCUGGUGUCUGUCAUCAGGGGCAGUGAGUUCAUCCGGCCAGAGGUGACCAUGCUGCCCUGCCUGUUUGCUAAGUCCUCCACUCUUUACAACCCCCUGAUCUACUAUAUCUUCAGCAAGACCUUUAAGCAGGAGGUUAAGCAGCUGUGUGGUAGAUCCAACGCAUGCCACGCUUCCAGAGCCAGGAACAACAUCACGGACAACGCCAUCUACCUGGUGUGUGACGGCAGCCGGACGGAGAAUGAGGAGAAGGUGGUGACCACGGUGGCUGGGAGGACCACUGAGGAUAAGUUGUCCUCUGGGAAGAGCCGGAAGAUGGAGACCAGGUUAAACUCAUUCGACAGCCAAUAG